ACGAGGUCCCGGCAUGCACUUCUGCCGGCGGCUGUGUAAUAAGGUACAGUCAUCACUGAGCAGUAGCGCAGGAAGCGGCUUGUCUGGUAGGAAGUGAGAGCCCUUACCUGCGUACACCGGGACAAUGGCCGGGGAGAUGACCAUACUGGGUUCAGCUAUCCUGACUCUCCUCCUGGCGGGUUACCUGGCACAGCAGUAUUUACCUAUGCCUACCCCAAAGGUGAUUGGCAUAGAUCUCGGGACGACGUAUUGCUCAGUUGGCGUAUUUCAGCCUGGCACAGGAGAAGUGACAGUCAUUGCAGAUCAGAGCGGCCAUCAGAGUAUACCGAGCAUCGUCUCCUUCACUGAAAACGACGUGUAUGCUGGGUACGAAGGCCUGGAGCUCGCCGACGCCAAUCCACAGAACACGGUGUAUGACGCCAAAAGGUUUAUAGGGAAGACCUUUACCCCUGAGGAGUUGGAGAGAGAAAGUGACAGGUAUCCGUUUAAGGUUCUCUACAAGGAAGGUGAAGCUAUGUAUUAUAUCAAAACCAAUGAGUCGUUCACAGUGACCCCUGAGUACAUUGGCUCUCAGCUCCUUCUCAAACUAAAGAAGAUGGCGGAGGAAUAUCUUGGUCUUCCUGUCUCUAAGGCCGUUAUUUCUGUGCCUGCAGAGUUUGAUGAAAGGCAACGCAAUUACACUGUUAAGGCGGCUAAUCUUGCAGGUCUAGAUAUUCUGAGGGUCAUCAAUGAGCCCACGGCAGCAGCGAUGGCCUACGGAUUACACAAAGCUGACGUGUUCAAUGUCCUGGUGGUGGAUUUAGGAGGAGGAACGCUGGACGUCUCCCUUCUGAAUAAACAAGGAGGAAUGUUCCUAACAAGAGCCAUGGCAGGUAACAAUAAACUCGGCGGGCAGGACUUCAAUCAAAGACUCUUACAGUACUUAUAUGACAGUAUUUAUGCUACAUACGGGUCCCUGCCUCCCCUGAAAGAAGAGAUCCACAGGCUCCGGCAGGCCGUGGAAGCAGUCAAGUUGAACCUCACCUUGUACCCUUCCUCCUGGGUCCGAAUGCCAUUGACCUUGCCCACACGACAACCAGCAGAAGGGGACCCCAAAGAGGGAGCUGUACGAACGGAGGACCAACAAGACGACCACAGCAGUAUGAAACAGGUCCAUUUCGAAGCCGAAAUUUCACGGAAGCUCUUUGAGCAUCUGAACGAGGACCUGUUCCAGAAGAUCUUGGUGCCCAUUGAACGGGUGCUAAAGGAAGGACACCUUCAGAAGGGUGAAGUGGACGAAAUUGUCCUCGUCGGUGGCUCCACCCGAAUACCACGCAUACGCCAAGUCAUCAGGGACUACUUUGACAAAGAACCGAAUACAUCCGUAGACCCAGAUUUGGCUGUAGUCAUAGGAGUGGCCAUCCAAGCGGGGAUUGUGGGGGGAUCUUGGCCACUUCAAGUCAGUGCAAUAGAAAUCCCCAACAGACAUUUAAGGAGAACUAACUUUAACUGAAACUGAUUUCAGUAUGUAUUUGAAGGUGACUACAAAGUUGGCACUUUAUCUCAUUUUUAAGUCCUGCCCUCAAAAAUUAUUUAUUUUUUUAAAAGAUGCUUGAGAGACCUAUACAGAGGAUACGUGCAGGGUAGAGAACCUUGCUCUAUAUAUUUAUUCCACUUGGGUAUCUGGUACAGUUCGUACCCACUGUCCAUUGAGCCUUACUUGAAUGUACUGUAGCAGUAAUACCUGCAUGUUGGGUCCUGUGCCUAAUGUAUAUGCUGGGAAAAGCUCUCGACAUAUACGGAGGCUGCGGUGCCGAACAGCGGCAUCUGUCACCAAUAGACCAUAAUCCUUUCCACUAAUAUGUUACAAGCUUUUCAUGCGUCACUCGUAGGGUUCCGUU